AUGAGCAUCAUCGGUGUUACUUCUCAAAUCCCAAAUGUUGGGAUCAUGUUUGUUAACAUAGCCAUAGUUGUUGCGGGUUCUCUUAUGUACAGGAUUGUUGUGCCGCUUAUCAUUAACUGCUUCUUGGUGAUAGUCAUUAUUGUGCUUGUUAUAUUUGUUCAGCCAAAUGACGAUGAUCGAAACUGGUUCUACAUUGUUACAUUGGCCAUAGUCAUCCUUAUGAACCUUUGUAAUGGAGUCUACCAAAAUUCCGUUUAUGGAGUUGUGGCUGAUUUCCCGGACAACUAUCCGAAUUCUCUUAUCAUCGGAAAUAAUCUAUGCGGGAUUUUCACAAGUGUGAUGAGCAUAUUUACAACUCUCGGUACGGAUUAA